CUCGUUUCAGCAUUGUAUCCUGAGUGGUCAUCCUCGGGAAAAUGGACUUGCCGACCCAGCGCGAAAGACAGCGGCGCAAUGCCCACGGUUUCAAUUUUAAUUCCUUCCACUUUGAUAGCGAUGAAGCAGACCCGUCUCGAGCGUUGGUCAACAGAAGGUUCCCUCCUAUGGUUGGAGCUCCUUCCGGCCAGGAUGCUUCCCUCGAAACCAGCAGAGAGCAGCACGCUGCAUCGUCCUCUCUUCCUCAGAGAGAUCCUGCCGCCAGUAUACAAGAAGCUUAUCCAACUGUGCAGACCUUUUUGAACGCAAAAUCAAGAAACGAUAUCACCGUCCACUUCGAGAUGGAGGUCGGCGAGGACCUCGACAGCUGGCUGGAGGAGUUCUCCCGUCUCAAGAGGCUGGGCCAUUUUCAUGCUGCCGAGCAAUAUUUCGAUGACAACCUACGUGAUCUUAGUAGUAUUCUACCGGUUGCAAUUGAGUAUGCCGACAUGCUUGUGGAACAAGGUGCCUACAAGCGCCUGCGUCAAUUCAUGUCUUCUCACAAGGCACUACUAAAUUCUGUAGAGCGAGCUGACCGUGGGUGUUCUGAGGCAAAGAAAUUCCAAGUUUUAUACAGAGCAAACCUAUUAUUAAUCGACGCUUUCGCUGCAAUGCAUUCUGCUGCCAAACUGGGAGAAGCAUAUGGGAAAGUGCGGCUGAUCGAACAGGACAUGCGAUCCAUAUUAAAACAAUCGCAGGAGCCGGACGCAUCUCUAGAUUCAUCUGAAAUUCAAGUCAUUCGGUACGCUUUGAGAAUACUAUCAAAAAUAGAGAAGGAGACAGACCUCGUCCCUGAGUCACAGUUCAACUACUGGUCAAACUGGGGGCACUUAUACCGGCCCCUUCUUGCAGCAAGUCAGGUUUCGGACGCGAGGGACCUUAUCAUGGCUUCAAUAGAGGCUGAAGGUGCACCGAAUACGUGGAAGAUCAUGUUCCAAAUGGAUAUCCACUCUCCGCAGGCCUUCAACCGCCUUCUCGGUGACUGGAACAUGGCACAUUAUGACGAAUCAACCUAUUUAGCCAUUCUUGACAUCUUGGUGAGCGUAAUAGGUGAUUUGUGCUCGUUUUCGGUCACCUUACCCGAAAGAGAGCACCUAAUUACCUCGGAACGAUGUCUCCUGUAUGCGCACAGCGUGGCUAUCUGCCUGAAGGAGAACAGCCCAGAACUGAUGAAAUCCCGCCCGUAUCUUCGUUGGGUUCUGGCCAAGUCUGAGCUAGAAAGGAAAUUGAAUCCUAGUGAGAUGAAUCUGCACGGCCAUCUUAGCGCCUUCCCAGGCUUGGUUAUUUGGAUGAAUACUCUUCCCAUAUACGUCCCCAUUAAGUCAGAAAACCCGCUUUGGCACCCAGGAGAGCACGAACAAGCCUCAACUUCUCCAGAUGAGCUCUUAGAAGCCGCUGUUGGCACCGCUUGCGAGCUGGGAGAUUAUACCACUGAGAUAGCCUGUCUCACCGAGCUGAUUUGUUGCUCAUCCGGUGCGCUGGACGUACUAGGAGAACGGUUUAAUCGCAUUCGACAUCUCCAACUCAAUUCACAAGGCAAUAUCCUUGGCUACCAGCAGACAUGUCUAACCCGGUACCUGACCACUACGAGCGGUCAGGCCCGCCGGGAUCUGGUCGCUGAAAUCAAGGAACUCAAGGGCUUUAAGACUGGCGAUUAUUCCCUCAGUGAGUGGUGCACAUUAGUUAUAGAGGACGCACUCUGUUUCUCUCUGGGAGACAUUGUAGACAAAUCCCCGGCCGUCCUCGAUGAGGGAUUCUCGACCUACCUCCCCCAAUAUAUCAAGGAUCAAAUCAUACAUCGGAGGUUGGAAAAGACAUAUGGUCUACACCUCAACCACGACAAAGCCAACUCAAACGGCCCCCGCUGGUCAAAUGGGCGCAACUUAUCACCCGAGCCACUUUUAGCCUACUCAAGACGGGCCUCGUCCGCAGCAAGGCGCGCAUCAUACGAACGUAUGCGACAUAGAGGCCCGGGAGAAAGCUCUACCAUCGCCUCUUUGAGUGAGGACGAUCAGACCAAUGCGUCAGUUAUCGGGCUCUCACCUUCGGACAGGAGAUCUUCCAGUCCUCUGAGAAGAAUCCCUACAAGACGUAGCACUGUAGAAAGUGCUAGCGACAGCCCAUGACAAUGAAAGGGAGAACGAUCUAUUACUAGACGGUCGUGACAUUAAAUAUAUCUGAAACACUUCAGCGUAUUCUCAAAGCCAGUGAGUGGUUUCGUCCGGCUACAAAGUAUAUUAUAAGCAGUCAAUUCUAUGUAGACUAGGUGCAGAGACAGGGGGCGGCUAGUGUACCAUUCCCAGGCCUUGCGGGUGUCCACCGGGCGCCCCAGGGCCCCAACACAACCUGCAAUUCUGACAGCGUGGGCGCCAAUAUCGUGUCCCCAGCGCACCAAAGCCGCA